GGGCCGCGAGACGCAAAAUGUCCGCUUUCUCCCUCCCUAAUCCCAAUCCCUCCAAAAAUCUCCCCUUUCGCAUGGGCAUAGGCCCUUCCAGUCCCAACCUCGCAGCAAAUCAAAGCUCCUACUUUUAUAGCGCCCCCAAAGGCCCAAACUACGGUCUCCGUUUGUUUCCCCUGCGAAAUAAUGGUCUCCGCCGACGCCGAUUCUGUCCUCUGCGACUCUUGCGACUCAGAGUGUGCGGUGGUCUUCUGUCGCGCCGACUCUGCGCGCCUUUGCCUCGCCUGCGACCGCGAGGUCCACGCCGCCAACACAGUCUCCUCCCGACACAACCGUUCUCUUCUUUGCGACAGCUGCGCCUCUGCCCCGGCAACCAUUUUCUGCCCUACUUCUCCCCACCGUCUCGUCCUCUGCUCCAGCUGCGAUUUCAACGCCCACCAGGUUGACGACCACCGACACGACCGCCGCGCCGUCGAUCCAUUCACUGGCUGCCCCGCUGGCGCUGUCCUUGCUGCCGCCCUUGGAAUUGGAGACGACAAGGCUACACUCCCCAACAAGGUCGAAGAGGACUGGGCUUGGGAGGUGCCGCUUGUGUUUAGCUGGGAUGAUCUGCUUUUACAGCCUACAACUACUUCUUUCCAUGGGUUUCAGGCUAUGGGAAUCCCUCCGCCCCAAAAGGAUAAGAAUACUUCCUGUGGGAAACGUGAGGAAGAGAUACACCGCCAGUUUCGUAAACUGAUUGUCAAUGAGGCUGAUGGUUUUGAUUGCAGCGAGGAGAAUGUGCCAGUUAAGGAAUCCAAAUCUUUGCUGCAGGAGAAUCCUCAACUAGGAAAGCUAGAUAAUGAGUAUGGUUAUCUUCCAGUAUUUGUGGAAGUACCUAGCUGUGAGAUCAGUAAAGUACAAUGCAACCUCACCGAUGAUCAGAUGGCUGUCCGCAACCCAGUGGAAGUAUCACAGGAAAAGCAGAUUGGAAGCUCCUCCUCGGCUGAAACAUUUGCUGAUAGAACCAUAGAAGCUGCAUCGCAUCCAUGCCUUCCUAAAGAUGAAUUAUUUGACCGCAGCUCUGUUAUUCUGAGAUACAAGGAGAAGAGGAAAACAAGAAGUACUGUUAACCAAGCAGAUAUGAUAAACUCGUACGAUACGAAUCUAGAAAGGCUCGUGCUGACAGCAGGGUGAGAAUAAAGGGUAGGUUUGCCAAGGCUAACCAGGUCCCAAAUCCUCCAUGAUAAGCACCUCUUUCACUCAAAUGCAAUACAUCGUCAGAUUCAAUCUUGGGGUGUACUGGUAGUCCAGUCUUUUGUUUUUUUGUUUUUGUUUUGUUUUUUAAUUUCAAAUCUCGGAAAGUAGUUUUCCAGUUGUUGUUAAUAAUGUAUAUAUAUUGCUGAAUGGGUUGGACAAUGACUGGUAAAAAAUUGUAUCAUUUCUAAAAUAAAUCUAAACUGAAUCCUGCUGAGAUGGUUUUAUAACUAUCGAAGCGAUGGCUUGGAUA